AUGCCGUAUCCAAAGGAAUUAAAACCUUUGGAAACCACGUCCCUUUUGCUAGCGCUACAAUCGUUGCCGCCAAAGUCGUUAGCGCCAAAAGCGGCACCUCCCGGCGCCAAUACGGACGCUGCACCCUCACGGGGAGCCGCGCGGCUCGCUAGCAGUUUUGCGCUAAAUGCGCUUUUAAAUAACGGCUUAACGUUCGUAGCGCGCAAAUUGUUCGGCCGACAUGGUAUAAAAGGAUUUGGCUUUUUAAAUGGCUUUACGGGCGCGAAAUUGGGCUUUAAUAAGCUUUUCGAAAAGCUUCGGUAUCGCUUUGGGCAACCGUUUGUAAACGGACCCCGUACAAUUAUCGAAGCAUAUCGGUAUACAGGGGUCGACGGCAUAAUUUUAAUAUGCUUAACGACCAAAACAGCGGCUAUAAAAUACCGUCCAAAUGUCCAAAAAGAACGGCCAAAUACCGAUUACUUACGGUUACAAUCGUUAAAGUUGUUGGAAUGGUUGUUAAAUGCACAAAAAGGAAAAAAAAGGGCUCGUAGUUUCGAGCGGGAAAAAAAGCCUUUUAUAUACCAGCACGGACCCAUUUUUCCGAAUGCCACAAAGCCUUACAGCCGGUUUCUUUAA